AUGGAGAUGCAGCAAGCUUCGCCUUGCCAGGAGAAGGACCAUCUGCAUUUACCCAUGAGGGAGGCCAGCUACGCCAAGCCCAGAGAGAGUUAUCUGGACCUGGGGGAGGCCAGCUACACCAAGCCCAGAGAGAGUUAUCUGGACCUGGGGGAGGCCAGCUACACCAAGCCCAGAGAGAGUUAUCUGGACCUGGGGGAGCCCAGAGAAAGAUAUCUGGACCUGGGGGAUGCCAGCUACACCAAGCCUAGAGAGAGUUAUCUGGAUCUGGGGGAGGCCAGCUACACCAAGCCCAGAGAGAGUUAUCUGGACCUGGGGGAGGCCGGCUACGCCAAGCCCAGAGAGAGUUAUCUGGACCUGGGGGAGGCCAGCUACACCAAGCCCAGAGAGAGUUAUCUGGACCUGGGGGAGGCCAGCUACACCAAGCCCAGAGAAAGAUAUCUGGACCUGGGGGAUGCCAGCUACACCAAGCCCAGAGAGAGUUAUCUGGACCUGGGGGAGGCCAGCUACACCAAGCCCAGAGAGAGUUAUCUGGACCUGGGGGAGGCCAGCUACACCAAGCCCAGAGAAAGAUAUCUGGACCUGGUGUCGGGAGCAGGGAUGGACCCUGAUGGUGACCUGCUCCCCAGUUAUCUGAACUAUAUGGGGACUAUGAGGACAACACACUCUUCAGGGAGAGCAACACAACACACACACAGUAAGGGUGCCCAGAAGGGACACAGCAACAAACACACUAAGCAUUAUGUAUGAGGAAAACAGAGACGUUUGGUUCUGUGACUAGGAAUGAGCCAUGUGUCACUAAAGA